AUGUCUCUUUUCGUCACACUCAUUCUUAUUGCUCUUGUCACCUUUAUCAUCUGCCUACCUUAUAUCAAGGCAAAUCUUGCUGAUAUAAGUCCCUCCUUCUUGGAACGCCAGUCCUCCGUUGGUCCCACCAGAAAACAGGGCGAAUCUACCGCCUAUAGAUCUGUUGAUGUCCCCCAUGGAUUACCUCUCACUGGUGGAUUACGUAUUAGAAUUGGCUACAAGCUAAGAGAUGGAUGUCUUAAAGAUAUCUGGAGUAUCGCCCUGAAGGGAACUUCGGAUACCCCUGACUCCAGCACUGCUUCCACUUUAAUUCAAUUCGAUAAUGGCGUUCAACUUUCCAUAGGUCGGAUUAAUCAUUUGAUCCAUAUCAUAUCUUCCAAAUUAGAGAAAUUGACUCAAUCUGAUAAGAUUGGUAUAUUUUCAGAUUAUCUCAGUCCUCAAAGUGUCUUGCUUACAUUAUCGUGCUUUUUUGUCAGUGAAAAGACAUUGGUCAACUUCAACUCUCUUCCAAAGCAACCCGUUGAAGAUCUUGAUUUGAUCAUCGUCGAUAAGGCUCACUACCAGAAAGUAUUAAGUUUAGGAUUCUCCAAGGUUAUCGUUAUAGGUGACGUUGAAGAUCCUAAUGUCGUUAGUUUCGAUGAGUCAAUUGUUCCCAUCGAGACGUCUAUCAAAUCCUCCUCUGAUUAUUCCUACAAACCAAAUGAAGAAUAUAUGGACUUCAAUAAUCAACCAUACACUGAGAUCAAUGACUUCAGAGAGGUUCAUUUCUUCCAGCGUAGUUUUGUUUCUGCCAUCGGCGCUCGUUUAUUGUCACUACCUACUGACUUCAGCUGGUCAGAAUCCGAUUCAUUGCUUAUUGGAGUGUCUUCGAUGAUUGAUCCGUGCUCGAAGAAUGCUUUGAUUACCAAUUUACUUUGUGGGUUGUUGUCACGUGUCUCCAAGAUUACAAUUAGAUCUGAGGACAAGCUACAAAGUGUCGAUCAAUACGUUUCAGAUGCCACCAUUUUGGCCAUCAGUGAUCAGACCUUAAAUCGUAUCGUCUCGUCGACAUCUGUUUCUCUAUUCAAGAAGUUUGAAAUUAACCGAGCCGAGUACUUCAACUCACUUGGAUUCUUCACCACAAUUGGUAAGAUUUCUCCCGGGUUACAUCUUAAGUUGGUGUAUUCUCUUCAGACGAAUCGGCUUAUCACUUCCAGACAGUACAAUACACUACGUUCGAGUCUAGGAGCCAGAAUCAUUCGGGAAAAAUAUUCCCAUGUUGUCGUAGGACCAGUUUUGAAGACCAAUAUAUUUGAGCACAGGGUGCUCAGUCACGAAAAGUUCAAUGGAUUUUCCAUUUCCCAGUUGGGAGUAUCUUCCAACGCGUUGGAAUUGAAGCUGAAAAAGAAGAGUGACGAUGAUAAUACUGGGGAGCUUUACGCCAGAGGAUACUCGGUCGGAAAAGGAGAGGAAGGGAUCGAUUACGACGCUGAAUUCUGGGUCGAUCUCGGUAUCAGGGGUAAGUUUGCCAAAGACGGGUGUUUCUAUGAAUAUAAAUAG